CAGCCAAAACACGGUCGUGCCUAAAAAUGGGCACGGCCGUGUUUUGAUUUAGGCGCGCCCGUGUUUUUACUGCCGAACCGGUUCCCCUAUAUUCAAUGCUUCGUUUCUCCCUCGUCCGGACUCCGAUUCAGUCGUCGUUUGAUCCCACACACUCUUAGUCUUGUCCUCUUUCUUUUCAUGACAAGCUUGUAUGAUUAUUUGUCCAUAAAGUGAGGUAGUAAUCCAUUCUUCUUCAGGUCAUGCCCGAGUUUCUUCUCCCUGAUCGCCAAUUGAUCUCUGAUUGACUUGAAACUUGUGCCUAUGCUUCACUUUAUGUGCUAGGACCUUAAAUGUGACAAAGGAACACAACCUAGCGUAAAAUAGGGCAAAGACGCGAUAAUUAAAUCUCAAACAAUCAAGAAACAAAGGGGAAAACAUGUGCAAAUAUCGAGUCAUCAUACACCGGUUUCUACUCCCAUGGAGACUAAUCUGAAGCUGGGACGUGAAUCUGGUGAAUUAUUACCUAACGGGGGGAGGCAGUAUUGCAGUAUUGUGGGAUCCUUGAUAUACUUGACUUUUACUCGUCCGGAUAUUGCGUAUGCAGUACAGAUUGUCAGCCAGUUUAUAUCAUCCCAACGGACUGCUCACCUUGAUGCAUUACACAGACUGCUUCGUUAUCUGCAGGGGACAAAGGAGAUUGGCCUGUUCUUGCCAUCGACCGGUAGCUUUCAACUCGAGGCUUUCUCCGAUGCCGAUUAUGCUGGGUAUGUAGAUACUCGACGUUCUACUACAGCCUGGCGUAUUCUUCUCGGUGAUUCAUUUAUCUCCUGGCGGUGUAAGAAGCAGGAUAGAGUCUCCAAGUCUUCUACAGAGGAUGAGUAUCGAGCUAUGUCGAAUGUCACAUCAGAGCUAGAAUGGUUACAACUACUACUUGGUGAAUUGGGUGUCGACUGUUCGCUUCCUACGAAGAUUUAUGUUGAUAACACUAGUGCGAUUCAGAUCGCUACUAAUCCGGUGCUCCAUGAUCGGACAAGCAUAUCGAGGUUCAUCUGCACUAUAUUCGGGACUUGGUUAGUGAUGGGACAGUUCGACUCUCCUAUGUCACGUCAGAAGAUCAGAUUGCAGAUUUGUUGACUAAAGCGUUUACAGUCGGUCGUCAUUCUUAUCUUGCUGGCAAAUUGAUGAUGAGAAAUCUUCAUUAAUUUGGGGGGAGGCUGUUGAGUUAUGGGUUUUAGCCCAUGCACGUAUGACCAGGCCCAUACGUAGCAUAGGGGUUCUCGGCCUAGUAGGGUUAGGGCAGCCGAGUAUAUAUUGAUGUAUAUGCAUGUAAUUGUUGAGCAUAAUAAUACGAGACUCCUCUUCCCGCCGUGGACUAGUCUUGCUCACACCGAGCAAGGAAACCACGUUAAAUUCUGUGUCGUGUUCCGUUUCGAUCUUGUUCUUCGUUUCGUUUCUCCGUUCCAAUUAACAGGUGACUCCAAAGUGGUCGUCAACCAGAUCUAGCAAGGUGUACUAGAAGAUUCUAUUGGAGGGCCAGUGCUCUGGGAGUGUCGUCGGAUCUUAGACUCUUUGUCAGCUUGUAUAGAGUUUAGGGCGGUUCUUAGGGCCGCCAAAAAUGCUGCCCAUAAAGUGGCGCGUAAAGCACUGCUUUUGUUUUUCCUAGAGUUAAGAGCCUUUGUGGGGUGGUUGCAUUUGAGGUUCGUUUGUUAUGGGUUCCUGGGUAGUUUGAUUUGUUUAAUUCUUGUCUUCUCUUGAUAUCACUCGAAAAUAAUAAUAAAAUACCAAGACAUGU